AUGCUGAGCACAGAGGAUAGCAGUGCAUCUGCUGAUGUAGUAUCAACGAACAAUACAAACUCCUCCCCUUCCACAACUAUUGCCAUUGCCAGUGUAGAUGAGCAGCAGAGACCACAACAGCAACAACAGUCACAGUUGUCGCAGCCACAGCCACAGCCACAGUCACAGUCAUUGCAACAGCCUCUUACGCAUCCACAGCCACAGCCACAGCAACAGCAACAGGUACAUGACUACAGGAAGGAGUUUGAUAGUCUGUUCAGAUCUUAUGCCCCGCUCAACAAGCCGCCAUUGGAGAUACUAAAGUAUAAUGCGUUCUCAGGUGCACUGAUAAGAUCACCAUUGCGUGGUCUGGCAUGGCGGCUCUUCAUGGGAUGUCUUAAUGUGGACAACAUUGAAAACUGGCACAAAGAUAUAACAAAGAGUCGUGCUCUUUAUACACAACUACUGGAGCAGCAUUAUGUUGAUCCGCGCAAGACCUCUGUCUAUGAUCCACUCUCAAUCGAUGAGAAUUCACCUUGGAACAAGUACUUCAAGAAUAUGGAGUUGCAAAAGACAAUAUCAAUGGACAUUGAGAGGACAUAUCAGGACCUAGAAUUCUUCCAACACCAGUCUACCAAAGAGAUGAUGCUACGUAUACUGUUUAUAUAUUCAAUGACUAAUAUGACGAUUUCAUAUCGACAGGGCAUGCACGAGUUGCUGGCACCCAUUCUAUAUCUCUUCCAUGGAGAGGCGGACAAGUACAAUAGACAGGCACCAUCGUACAAGGACACACACAUAGCAGACACACUCUACGACAAGACCUAUCUUGAACAUGACACAUUCACCUUCUUCCUCGCACUGAUGAAGAUAUCUGCCGGUUGGUUUGGUAUCACAUCGGUCACGCCACCUCUGGCGCCAGCAGCCCUCCCUGCAACUGCCACUGCCAAACAGCAACAGCAGCAGAAUCCUUUAUCAAUGGGCAUACAAAAGAUGGACAUUAGGAAGGAGAAGGAGCCAGAGGCAAAGCCCGUCGAGACAGUCAUCAACGAGGCCGUCAACAAGUGUCAAGACAUCAACAGGUUACUCAGACAGAAGGAUCCCAAGUUGCACGAGCAUUUGGUAUCCCUUGACAUUGAGCCACAGAUAUUCUUGUUACGUUGGAUAAGACUGUUGUUUGGAAGAGAGUUUGAGCUGGAGGACGUGCUGACCAUGUGGGACUCACUGUUCGCCUAUGGACAAGACCUUGUCCUACUCGACUAUGUAUCAAUAUCGAUGUUGGUGUACAUCAGAGACCAAUUACUGUCCAAGGAUAAUAGUGGCGUAUUACAAAGACUGUUCAAGUAUCCAGCGGUGGAGGAUAUACAUAUGUUGAUUCAACAGGCAUUCAGGAUAAAGGAUACAAAGGGACCAUUGGUACAUAGUAACACUUAUAGGAAGAGCUCAAAGAAACGACCUCAGCAAACUCCUCCAAACAAUCAUACUCCACAGCCUGUUGUACUGCCAGGUUCAGAGACACCAAACAACAAUGAGCCAAUCAGUGUGGCGUCGCCGCCACUAUUCACUCCAUUCUCAGCAUUGAUUGGAAGUGGCAUCAGACGUACCAUGUCACCAUUAACUGGUAACAAGUAUGCAACGAUCGGUGGCAGUACACCUUCUUCAAGACAACAACAACAACACACAUCAACGCCACAGCCACCUGCUUUUGUGACUGCCAAGCCUAGCGCAGCAGCAGCAGUGACAAACACUUCAUCUUCAUUGUAUGGCGACUCACUAUUCUCAUCUUCCCCAGCGCCAUCAAGCAAGCAGCCACAAAAGACGACAACAACAACUACGACGACAACUACUUCCACAUCGACUACAUCAACAGCAACGAAUGAACCACAACAAACCAACACACACAAUCAUCAGCCAGACAUAUUUGGUGUGGCCAAGAAGGGCGUGGAGUCUCUUGGCCUACUGCCAACCUCUGUCAAUCCCAACGGUACACCUCGAACACCCUCCAAGUCAUUCAUCAACACCGAGAUCAGAAAGCUGCGCAGGCUUCAUCAAUACAUUGGCCAUUCACUUGGAGAGAUCAUUCCAACACUUCAGACUGGAUUCAGCGAGAACCCAGAGCUUAUAAAGAACGAUUCACUGUUGUUGGUGGUCGCCCAGAUGAAGCAGCUGAAGGAUAUGCUGUUGGGAGAUAUACCUAUUCCUGAGGAUAUGCCAAGUGAUGACUUUGAGACUGGUGAGGAUAUAGAGGACCCUUUAGGCGGUGUCAGGGUAACCCGAGAGUGA